AUGGCGACCGAUCCAAAUCAGUCCCAAAUGGCUCUGAUUCUUGGCCCCAAUUCAUCUCACUUGGAAUCCCUAAUCACAAACCUCAUGUCUUCCUCCAACGACCUCCGUUCCCAAGCCGAAAAUCUCUUCAACCUAUGCAAACAAACCUACCCCGAUUCCCUAAUUCUCAAUCUCGCCCAACUUCUUCAUACUUCCCCUAACCCAGAAACUCGCACCAUGUCCACAAUCCUCCUCCGCCGUCACCUCACGCGCCACCACGACGACUCCUUCAUCUACCCACGCCUCACGGUUUCCACUCAAACCACCCUAUGUUCCCUCCUCCUCUCUUCUCUCCAUCAAGAACCUGUCAAAUCCAUUGCCAAGAAGCUUUGUGACACCGUUUCUGAACUUGCUUCUGCGCUUCUCUCCGAUGACCUUGCUUCAUGGCCUGACCUACUACCUCUUCUCUUCCAGUGGGUUACUUCGCCUGACGCUAGGCUUCAGGAGAUUUCUCUCCUUGUGUUUGCUCAACUGGCUCAUUACAUAGGUGAAACCCUAAUUCCUCAAUUGUCAACUCUCCACUCUGUUUUCCUCCGCAGCCUCAGCGCCGCCACAUCCUCCUCAGAUGUCCGCAUCGCUGCCCUUGCUGCCAGUAUCAAUUUUGUUCAGUGUCUCUCCAAUCCCUCCGACCGUGACAGGUUCCAAGAUUUGCUUCCUCUGAUGAUGCAGACAUUGACAGAGGCAUUGAAUUCUGGCCAGGAGGCGACUGCACAGGAUGCACUUGAGCUCCUCAUUGAGCUUGCAGGGACUGAGCCACGUUUCCUGCGGAGGCAGAUUGUUGACGUUGUUGGUGCCAUGCUGCAAAUCAGUGAGGCCGAGUCAUUGGAAGAAGGGACUCGCCAUUUGGCUAUUGAGUUUGUUGUUACCCUUGCUGAGGCGAGGGAGCGUGCUCCUGGGAUGAUGAGGAAGUUGCCGCAGUUUGUGAAAAAGCUAUUUGGCGUGCUGAUGAAUUUGUUGCUGGAUAUUGAGGAUGAUGCUGCUUGGCAUGCCGCAGUGUCUGAAGAUGAGGAUGCUGGUGAGACUAGUAACUACGGAUUUGGACAGGAAUGUUUGGAUAGACUUUCAAUUUCUUUGGGCGGGAACACGAUAGUUCCAGUUGCGUCUGAGUUGUUGCCAACUUACUUGGCUGCACCUGAAUGGCAAAAGCGCCAUGCUGCACUCGUUGCCUUUGCACAAAUUGCAGAGGGUUGUUCCAAGGUGAUGACAAAAAAUCUGGAGCAUGUAUUGUCAAUGGUUUUGAGUUCAUUUUCUGAUCCAAACCCUCGGGUGCGGUGGGCGGCUAUAAACGCAAUUGGGCAGUUGUCCACAGAUUUGGGACCAAACUUGCAGAUUAACUAUCAUCAUUUGGUGCUUCCUGCAUUAGCGGGAGCCAUGGAUGAUUUUCAAAAUCCUCGAGUACAGGCUCAUGCAGCUUCUGCAGUGCUAAAUUUUACCGAGAAUUGCAACCCAGAUAUUCUAAUACCUUAUUUGGAUGGGAUUGUGAGCAAACUUCUUGUACUCCUUCAGGGUGGAAACCAGAUGGUUCAAGAAGGUGCUUUGACAGCAUUAGCAUCUGUUGCUGAUUCUUCACAGGAAAAAUUUCAGAAGUAUUAUGAUGCUGUAACUCCAUACCUAAAAGCUAUUUUGUUGAAUGCAAAUGAUAAAUCUAAUCGUAUGCUUCGUGCCAAAGCAAUGGAGUGUAUUAGUUUGGUAGGAAUGGCUGUUGGAAAAGAGAAGUUCAGGGAUGAUGCCAAGCAGGUCAUGGAUGUCUUGAUGUCACUGCAACAAUCUCAACUGGAUGCUGAUGAUCCAACUGCAAGUUACAUGUUACAAGCAUGGGCACGACUUUGCAAGUGCCUUGGGCAGGAUUUUCUCCCAUACAUGGGAUUUGUCAUGCCUCCCUUGCUUCAAUCUGCACAACUUAAGCCUGAUGUGACAAUUACAUCAACAGAUUCUGAUGCUGAAUUUGACGAAGAGGAUGACAGCAUUGAAACCAUCACUCUCGGGGACAAAAGGAUAGGCAUUAAGACUAGUGUCCUGGAGGAGAAGGCUACAGCAUGUAACAUGUUAUGUUGCUAUGCUGAUGAGUUGAAGGAAGGUUUUUUUCCUUGGAUUGACCAGGUCGCUUUCACAUUGGUUCCUCUUCUUAAAUUUUAUUUCCACGAAGAAGUUAGGAAAGCAGCUGUUUCAGCUACGCCACAACUGUUGUCUUCAGCAAAAUUGGCUAUAGAGAAGGGGCAGUCACAAGGCCGUGAUGCAGCUUACUUAAAACAAUUGUCUGAUUAUAUAAUUCCAAAUUUGGUGGAAGCUUUACACAAGGAGCCAGAGGUAGAAAUUUGUGCAAGCAUGUUGGAUGCACUGAAUGAAUGCAUACAGGUCUCAGGACCACAUCUAGAUGAAAAGCAAGUAAGGAGCAUUGUUGAUGAGAUUAAACAAGUCAUCACUGCCAGUUCAUCUAGGAAGCAUGAAAGAGCAGAGAGAGCCAAAGAAGAAGACUUUGAUGCUGAAGAAAGAGAACUACUAAAGGAGGAAAAUGAGCAAGAAGAAGAACUUUUUGAUCAAAUUGGUGAUUGCUUGGGGACGUUGAUAAAAACAUUCAGAGCAUCUUUUUUGCCUUUCUUUGAAGAGCUUUCAUCAUACUUAACACCUAUGUUUGGUAAAGACAAAACCUCAGAGGAAAGGAGAAUUGCCAUAUGUAUAUUCGAUGACGUUGCGGAGCACUGCCGCGAAGCAGCUCUUAAAUAUUAUAAUUCAUUUCUUCCCUUCUUGCUAGAAGCUUGUAACGAUGAAUGUUCAGAUGUUCGACAGGCAGCUGUUUACGGGGUUGGUGUAUGUGCGGAGUUUGGUGGAUCUGUUUUCAAACCCCUUGUUGGAGAGGCACUUUCAAGGUUAAAUGCUGUAAUAACACAUCCAAAUGCACGGGAUUCUGAUAAUGUUAUGGCAUAUGAUAAUGCUGUUUCAGCUCUUGGGAAAAUAUGCCAGUUUCACCGCGAUAGCAUAAAUGCAGCACAGGUUGUUCCUGCCUGGCUAAGUUGCUUGCCUAUAAAAGGUGAUUUAAUUGAGGCUAAAGUUGUACACGACCUACUUUGCUCAAUGGUUGAAAGAUCUGAUAGAGAACUUAUAGGUCAAAACAAUCAAUAUCUUCCCAAGAUUGUUGCAAUUUUUGCUGAGAUAUUAUGUGCGGGAACUGAUCUGGCGACAGAACAAACUGUAAGUCGGAUGAUUAAUUUAUUGAGGCAACUUCAACAGACUUUGCCACCUUCUACCCUUGCUUCAACCUGGUCAUCAUUGCACCCUCAGCAACAGCUUGCACUACAGUCAAUUCUAUCAUCCUAG